AUGACCACGGAAUCUAAAGUUGGAGGUCAUUAUGGAGAAAUUCGAGCAGAGAUCUCGAUGGACGCGUUGAACAAGUACCUGGGUACCCACUGUCCGCAAAUCAAAACACCGGUGCAGGCGAAGCAGUUCAAGGCAUGUCCACGAUUUGGUCAAUCGAAUCCGACAUAUUUCUUGACAGAUAGCUCUGGCUCCAAAUUCGUGAUGCGAAAGAAACCAGCAGGUCACCUACUUUCGGCUACCGCACACGCUGUCGAGCGAGAAUAUAGAAUCUUACACGCAAUACAUACAUAUAAUUGCCGACCAACCGUACAAGCGGCGUCGAGAAUACCCAUCCCAGAGCCUUUGGUUCUCUGCGAGGACAACUCCGUUCUAGGGACACCGUUCUAUGUCAUGGAGUUUUUGGACGGAAGGAUAUUCGAGGAUAUUCACCUUCCAGAAGUGCCGCGUGAACAGAGACGGGAAAUAUGGCUAGCAGCCACCCGGACCCUUGCCUUGCUAUCUUCAUUAAACCCCUUUGACCUCGGCCUGCAAGAUUUCGGGCCCCAUUCAGCCUACUUUCCACGACAGCUCAAGUCACUCUCCAAAGUAUCCAAGGCUCAAUCAGAAGCAGUUGACAUUGAUACAAAACAAUGUGUCGGACCCAUCCCAGAAUUCGACUCGACAAUGGACUGGUAUCGCACACAUCUCCCAGACGAGAGCAAAAUAGGUCUCCGUAUAGUACACGGGGACUAUAAAAUGGACAAUCUGAUCUUUCACAAGACGGAGCCGCGUGUCAUUGGCAUUCUCGACUGGGAGCUUUGUACACUUGGGAGUCCGUUGGCCGAUUUGGCGAAUUUCACAACGGCAUUCUGGGUUGAACCCUCCUCGAAUAUCAUGAACGGAUUGAAGGGCUCGUCAGAUACACCUAUAAAGCUCGAGGAGAUACGUAGAGAGUAUUGCCGUUUGAUCAAUCAACCAUAUCCACUUGAGGGUGCGACUUUUGCCAGCAGCUGGAUGAUCUUCCGUCUUGCCAUCAUCACUCAGGGUAUCGCAGCCCGUUAUGCGCGUAGGCAAGCAUCGUCCGAAAAGGCGGCAAUACAGGGUGCGACGUUUCCAUUCUGGGGUAACUUGGCACGCGAGAUUAUCAGGGAGGACUCUUUGAAAGCGAGACUAUAG